CUCCAGUUCGAGACGAGUUUGUUUUAUGAAGCCUUUAAUUGUUAAACUAGGAUCACUAUAAAUGACAUUUAUUUCUUCCCUUUGUUGCUCCAACUUGUGAUAGAAGUUAUUAAAGCUUUGAUUCUGUGCCUGAACCCGAUCGGACCGACACAACCCGCCGGGUCCGGGUCCACAAACUGCUGCCACAGCUCAGACAUAAUUAGAGUUUAAAAUAUAUAUAUGUUUUAUUAUUUAAUGAGUGCACUUGUUAUUAGUUUUCUAUAAUAAUGUGUUAUAUUCACUGUUGUUUACUUCAGCUUGUAAUAAACUAUUUAUAUUAUUGAUUGAUUGAUUGAUUGAUUAGCCGUGCCAGCGAUCUCUGGGUGAGCAGCUACCAGUUGUUGGUUUUACUGGUUGUAGAAUAUUUUCUGAGCGUUCGCUGUGAGUGAUCGGUUCCUCUCUUCAGGUGUUUCUGUUGUUUGGCCGAAUGAACUGCAUCUAAAUGUUGUUUAACAGUCCUGAGUGUGUGUGAAUCCCUCACUCAGGAGUUGUAACGUCACCGUCUGUGAGCAGCACACCUCCGGUCCGUCCCGUUUUGCUUUCGCAUCUCUUCAGUCUGUGUAAACUAAAUAAACUCCUCGUGUUUCUGCUCUGCCUCCAGGUUUCAAACUCUAGACCCCAGUCUUCCCCACUCGAGAGCGUUUCUUCAUCUCGGAGACUAAAUGCAACUGGACCAGGGGGCUUGUGGGCAUGAAGUGGCUGGGCGAAUCCAAGAACAUGGUAUUAAAUGGCAGACGACACGGAAACAAGUUGACCAGCGAACAACCGGUGAGCCAGAGCCAGACCCGCUCUCAGCACUCACAGCGGGCGUCCCUGCGCCACAGCAAAAACAGAAACCGAAGAUGUAGCCGCAGGUUUAACGCAGCCAGUCUGGAGGCGGAGAGGCGCUAUGUGCCCUCCUCUGGAAUGACUGCCAAGGAGUUGUGUGAGAACGACGAUCUGACCACGAGCCUCAUCCUGGAUCCAUACCUGGGCUUUCAAACUCAUAAAAUGAACACAAGAUUUCGACCAAUUAAGGGAAGACAAGAAGAGCUGAAGGAGAUCAUCGAGCGCUUCAAGAAACACGACAACUUGGAGAAAGCUUUCAGAGCUCUGACCUCCGGAGACUGGUCCCGAAAUCUUUUUAUCCACAAGACGAAAGCCCAAGAAAAGCUUUUCAAGCAGCAUGUGUUUGUGUAUCUGCGGAUGUUUGCCACGGACAGCGGGUUUGAGAUUCUCCCUUGUAAUCGCUAUUCGUCGGAGCAAAACGGAGCUAAAAUUGUGGCAACAAAGGAAUGGAAAAGAAACGAUAAGAUCGAGUACCUGGUGGGAUGCAUCGCCGAGCUCUCGGAGAGCGAGGAGAACAUGUUGCUCCGGCACGGCGAGAACGACUUCAGUGUCAUGUAUUCAACCCGCAAGAACUGCGCGCAGCUCUGGUUGGGACCAGCUGCGUUCAUCAAUCACGAUUGUCGGCCAAACUGCAAGUUUGUGUCGACGGGGCGGGACACGGCCUGUGUGAAGGUUUUGAGGGACAUUGAACCAGGAGAAGAGAUCUCGUGUUACUACGGAGAUGGGUUCUUCGGGGAAAACAAUGAGUUUUGUGAAUGCUAUACAUGUGAACGACGGGGCACUGGUGCUUUCAAAUCCAAAGCCGGACUGCCAGUGGAGGUGCCGGUGAUCAACAGCAAGUACGGGUUACGGGAGACGGACAAGCGUCUCAACAGGCUGAAGAAGUUGGGGGAAGGAAACCGGAACUCAGACAGCCACUCUGUAGGCUCCCACACCGACGUAGACUCUCAGGAAAUGCCAAAAACACAUCAAUCUGCCAGAAAAAGAACAUCAUCAUCAUCUGGCCUGAAGUAUAAAAACAGGACUCAAUCCAGACAGACUUUGUCGAGAGCCCUUACUACCUCAUGUUCAAAACAAGGUCGUGUAAACAAUAACAGGGUACCAAAGAGACUAAAAUCCCAAUCCAAGCCUUCACUAAGUAAAGUCCAGUUGCGGAGUCGCAGGAGGGGUGCAGAGCCCAAGGCGUUGGCCAAAGGAGAGACUUGUCAGCUGGGUCUCAGGGACUCGAAGGUGUCGCUGUGUAAAAGUGUCACCGUGAAGAAGGAGAAGGACGGACAGGAGCUGGUGCAGCAGACACUAGGCCAGCGGGGCUGCCUCACCCGUCACGCUGCCAAGGAGAACGGCAACCUACCGCACGUGCAAAGCAGCGAGGGCAGCCAGUGUUCGACGUACAGAACUCGCAGGUCCACGCGGACCCUCGUUAAAGCGCAGGAAACGGCCGCUGGCGUUAAGCUGGAGCCCAGUGCCAUGGACGGCUUGAGCCCAGUCCCUGGUGGAGUGGUCAUUAAAACGGAGCCGGCUGACAUGGAGGAGUACCUCGGUCACGGGGUCGGACUGGAGCAGCCGGCGUUAGACGGCGGCUACGGCAGAAGAGGCUCGUGCACCAGGCGGAAACGGCUGACGCGGCUCAGGACCGAGCGGACGAUUAAACGCGAGGACUCGUACGGCGAGCCGUUCAUGCCGGUGGCUGCUGGCCACACCACUAACUUCUCAGACUGUGGUAAUGUGCUGUUGAGCUUCGCCGACCGGCACAGGGACUACAACGGCGUGGCCAACAGCAGCAAGUCCCUGCGCAGGGACAAGGGGAAGAGCAGCUGCCGGUCGCAGGAAAAGGUGAAGAAGAAGCGGCGGAUCACGCGAUACGACGCUCAGCUGAUCCUGGAGAACAACACGGGCAUCCCGAAACUGACGCUCCGCCGGCGGAGGGACAGCAGCAGUAGCAAGACCAAUGACGCCAACGACCCCAUUGGCUCCUCCAACCUUUCUGCCUCGACGGUCAACUCGGCCUCUUCCAGCAAAAUCAGCAUCAAGUUCAGCAAGGACCACGAUAAGGACAAAGGCAGCUCGUACAUCGCCAAACUGAAUAACGGCUUCGCCCCGGUGGUGCACAGCAACUCCACCAAGCUGAAGAUCCAGCUGAAGAGGGAGGACGACGCACGGAGGAUACCGCAGACGAAGGCGGACCAGAUGUCCUAUAACGGGGACACGGGUCAGAGCCUGGAGGCCAGAAACGGUGGACAUCGGACCCAAAAGGUCCUGGCAGAACCUUCGUCUGAGGAGGACGAAGACGAGGAAGGGGAGGAGGACGACGACGAUGACGACGACGACGAUGACGACGACGACGACGAUGAUACUGUCGACAACGUCGAAGACGAUUUCAUUUCACUUCUCCCAACAAAGCGCUCGAGCCUCAUCGUCCGUAAACGACAUCCCAUAGACAUCAGUAUCUCCUCCAGGAGAGAGACGGACCAGUCUCUAGGCCUUCAAUGCAUAAGCGUUGAGCUCAUAUCCAUCCACCUCCCUGUAAAUAAAGGAUGA